AUGUCAACGUCAGUGAAGCAUCGUGAAUUUAUUGGAGAGCCGAUGGCUGAGAAAGAGGUCACCGCUGUCGCUGGGAUUGGGCCUACCUAUGGUGCUAAACUUGCUGAAGUAGGAUUCGAUAAGGCUUAUAUUCUGUUUGGACAGUUUUUGUUGCUCAAGAAAGACGAGGAUUUAUUUACGGAAUGGUUGAAGGAUACUGCUGGAGUGUCCUCCAAUCAUGCUAAGAGUGCGUACAAUUGUCUCAAUGCGUGGGCGGAGCAAUAUAUCUGA